GAAACAUAAACACAUGUGUAAAAGGUCAGCCGAGGUCAACCUUUUUUACCAUAAGACCAGGCUAAAGCCUUGAUAUCUAAAACAUAAACAAGGAAUUAGAAUUACCAAGUAAAAAAUGGCAAAACUUAUUGAAGCUCCAACAAAAUAUACCUCUCAAGAAUGGCAUCUAUCAAACGAUCUUAACUAUAAAAAGGCAGAGCAAGAUCGUAAAGUGAGUGAAAUGAUUAGAGAUGAAAGUGUUAGACUUGCCAACGAAACUCAUAUUACAACAAUGAAAACGCAAAGUGAUGUGAACAAAAAGCUGGAACAGAGAUUAAAUGAUAUUAACUUUUGGAAAUCUGAAUUAGAUAGACAAUACCAAGAAACAGAAGAUGAAAUUAAAAAUAUGCUAGAAUACAAAAAGAGGCUUGAGGGAGCUUUAGAAGCCACACAAAUUCCUCUUCACAUAGCAAAAGAAUGUCUUCGAAAUAGGGAGAAGAGGAUAGGAAUUGAUUUAGUUCAUGAUGAUGUUGAAGUUCAAUUAUUAAAGGAAGUUGAAGUGAUAGAAGGUGUUCAAGCUUUGUUAAAAAGAACAUUGGAGCAAGCAACAGAACAAAUAAGGUUACUACGAUCUGCAAAUUAUUACUUGGGUAAAGAUAUCACAGAUAAAUUUUAUGCAUUGAAGAUUGAUGAUAGGUGUUCUUCGUUAAAAAAUACAUCUCCUGAUAAAUACUAUGCACCAAAUUCUGUCAAGAUUCAAGCUAAUUCAGUAACACCUGAAGAGUGGGAACAGUUUUCCAAUAAAAAUGUUUUAAAAGGCGAACAAGAAAGAAACUCAUCUGUAACUUUGCGCAGUAUGAUAGAUGAGAUUCUGCAAGAAAGUUUUGACGAUCAAAGCAAACAAUGUGAUAAUGUGAAUCUAGCCUUAGCAAAACGUGUCGAGGAAACGGAGAAAGCUAAAAGAAAACUGGAGGAUCAUCUAGAGAAGGUAAAAGGUGAGAUAGAUGACAUGGAGAAAAACAUAGACUUGUUACGGCAAGCCAUUGCUGAGAAAGAACCACCAAUGCAAGUCGCUCAAACUCGCCUAGACACUCGCACCCAUCGUCCUAAUGUUGAACUUUGUCGGGAUCGUGUACAAUAUAAACUCGUCAACGAGGUUGGACAAAUUUCUCACAACGUUGACAGAUUAAGAGAAAUGCUUCAAGAAUCGGAAGCUUCGUUAAAGGGUUUGAUCAGACAACAACUGAACCUGGAAGAGGAGAUCGAAGUUAAAAUAAACUCGCUGAUGAUUGAUCGAGACCAAAACACUUUUCUGCGUCAGCAAAUCAACCAUAAACAACAUUAAUUUAUUUUGUGUACAUAAAUUUGUAGAAUAUGUUUUAAAAUGGUUCUGAUAUCAGAGAUAUCAGAUUUGGAUAAGUGUAUCUUGCACUCAUGCCGGGAUAAAAUUCAGUCUUUUAAUUUGA